AUGAGCAUCGGAACGAGCUGGGGGGCAGUUGGCGGGCGACCCCGAGGACUCGCCUACCUGACAGGAAGAACAAACAUGAGGCUGAGAGGAGGAGGAAGAAAUACUGGGACGGGUGAAGCUCCCGGCAUGGUACUAGAUGAUCAUGGAGCGUUCAGCUUCACGAAGGAGCGGUUCCAUUUGAUGGACCCCAUUCCUCUGCCGCCAGAAUCCUUCUUCCGAGGCCUCAAGAAGUCAAGGGCGUGGUUGUAUAGCAUGACCGAAUACAACGAUGUCUUCAGAGCAACGAAGCGAGUCCAUGAGCAACCCUACAUGCUCCAGUCUCACUCAAUCCCGCUCAACCGUUCCGAUGGUGACGGGGAUGGUGCGGGAGUCGCUGCUCAACGAUCAGCAGGGAGGAAGGAGGAAGAAGUGUCAUGUUACAGUCCUCUGAUGAAGCUCCUCGCGACCCGAGCGAAAGACUCCAACAAGGUGGUCAGGUCGGAGAGUGACUGGUUUGCCAGCUCCCAGCAGGCAUGCAAGUCAGCAAUAUGUCACAUUGAUCUUCUUGAGCUCUUCCAGCAGGGAAAGUGUUCCUUAGCACCCAAAACUGACGAGGGGAGAAAAAUGAGCAGGAGAAUGCAGCCAGUCCCACCGACGUCACCAGCAGCGCAGAGGAUACGAGUACAGUCCUGCAUGCCUGCCGCCGCUAUCGCAGCGAGUAGGAACAAGCCCCUGGCCUACCUGAUCUUUGACUUCACCUCCUCCCACCUCCUCCCCGUCUGCCACGACUACCUGCAGAGGCUUGCGUCUGGCCUCUGCAUCCUGAUAUGCCCGGCGGUGGCAAAGAGCCUGUCGGACGCGUUUCUGGAGAGCCAUUGCUCGUCGUGCUGCCGGCCAGCUGGAGGAGAUUGUUGUAGCGGGUGCUCCAAGAUCAAGUUCUGCCCGGACUGCUCCACCGACGCCAACGUCGACGUGCUACUGCAUCGCUAUGGUGAACGGCCGCAGAUGAGCACGAGGACUUGUCGUGACAUUCUCGUCAGAGUGUUCAUCGUUCAAACAGCUGUUCCAAUCAUCAGACUUCAAGAUCGAGGAGUCCCGCACCCUCCGGCUCAUGCUGCGCCUGCUCGUCCUGCGAUCGCUGGAGGUCGGGCUGGAAGAGUCUCACUGAGCGAUACGAGCGAGGGCGAUGAAGGAAUCUCUACCUUCUCCCUCCUGAUCCAGCAGCAGCAGUCAUGCCCGAAGAGCUUCUGGCUAGAUUUUCCCACAUCGUCAAGCAAGCCAGGCUUCAGGUAUCUCCUGCCGUCUGAGUGCCGGAUCAGUGUGGAGGAAGGGAUCGAGCUGCUGGCGAGGGAGCUGAGCAUUUCCUACUGCGACCUCUACGAGGAAAGGAGGAGGAGGCGAUCGACACUGCAGAAGAACUUCUUCUUCACGUGUGAGUGCAAGAGAUGCAAGCUGGACCCCAGCUGGAGGCGGCAGGAGCAGCUGCUGAGCUCGUGGAAGUGCCGCAAAGUCUGUUCCCUGAGUGUGCUGGGGCUGAGCUGA